AUGCAAACAACAGCGUAUUCACCGAUGACAAAUGGAACCCUGGAACGUAGUCACAAGACAUUAAAAGAAUAUUUGCGAAACUUUAGUGAUGAAAAAACGGAAAAUUGGUGCGAAAUGUUGAGUUAUGCAAUGUACAUGUAUAAUACAACACCACAUACAGCGCAUAAAUUUACACCUUAUGAGUUAGUGUUUGGUAUUCAGCCAGUUGUCCCUUCGAGUUUUUUGAAACCACCAUCGACAGGAUACAGUUAUUGUGAUUACGUAAAUGAUUUAAGGACACGAAUGCAAGAAGCAAGACAGAUGGCGAAGAAACAUUUAAUUGAAGCGAAAGUAAAAUCAAAAACUAAUUAUGACAAACAUAUCAAUCCAAUUGAAUUAGAAAUAGGCGAUAAAGUUCUGAUGAAAAAUAUGAAGAAAAAAAAUAAGUUAGAACCAAAUUGGAUAGGUCCGUAUGAAAUAGUAGAGGUACAUGAACCCGUAAAUGUAUCAAUCAUGAAAAAUAAUAAAGUUGUACGCGUUCAUAUGAAUCACUUACAAUCAUUUAAAGAAAUAAACGAUUAA